GCAUUUACCUCAAGCAGCUCCCAGAAGCAACGUCAUGUCCCCCCUGUGGCUCUUACCUGGAGGUGCAGUUCCCAGCCAAUGGGAGCUGCAGAGCCGGCGCUUGGGACAGGGGUAGAGUGCAGAUCCCCCUAGCUGCCCCUAUGCAUAGGAGCCGGAGGGGGGACAUGCUGCUGCUUCCAGGAGCCACCUGCUUUAGCCCGGCUGCGCCACCGACCGGACUUUUAACGGCCCGGUCAGCAGUGCUGACCAGAGCCACCAGGGUCCCUUUUCGGCUGGGCGUUCCAGUCGACAACCGGACACCUGGCACCCCUACCCCUAGAGUCUGCGGUUGGUCAAUACAUCUUAUCCCCACCAGACCCACCCUACCCUGACGGGGCUGCCAGGCAGCGAGUGCUGGGCUGCCCCCUGCUGGGCUGCGGGGGUGCCUCCGGCUCUGCUCAUCACCUGCCUCGGGAGGGGGUGUGUGUGUAAAUCUGGCUGUUAGUGUGUGAGAGAGUGACGGAGACAGAGAGAGACCAUUAGCAAGCAUGUUUGUGCAUGUGCGUUGCUGGCUGGCUGUGUGUGUGUGAGAGAGAGAGAGAGAGAUUCUGGCUGUUAGCAUGUGUGUGUGUGUGAGAGAGAGAGAGAUUCUGGCUGUGAGUGUGGGUGUGUGUGAGAGAGAGAGAUUCUGGCUGUUAGCGUGUGUGUGUGAGAGAGAGAGAGAGAUUCUGGCUGUGAGUUUGGGUGUGGGUGUGUUUUGGCUGGGACUCCGUGUCUAUCUCUGAGCAUCUCUCUCUGGCUGGGUGUGUUGAGCAGAGAUCUCAGGCCCACACCCUGGGAGUGAUAAACUCGUGAGUAGAGCAAAUGUAACCUGUGCCGCACCUUUCCCUGGGCCUCGCUGCAGAGCACACAGGCACAGCAGCUCCUGGCUUCUCCCCUCGGCCCAGGGAGGGCAGUGGGGUCUACUGGUUAGAACAGGGGGGCUGGGAGCCAGGAUCUGCCCCCCAUGGCCUCUCCUGCCCCCCAAUUGGGGUCUCUCUCUGAGGAAUUCUCCUGCCCCGUGUGCCUGGACUGGCUGCAGGAUCCCGUCACCCUGCCCUGUGGCCAUGUCUACUGCCAGGGCUGCAUCGAGACAACGUGGGGCACCCUGGGUGUCCCCCCUGCCUGCCCUGAAUGCCGGGAGCCCUGCUCCGACAGGAGAUAUGCCCCCUGCAGGCUGCUGGGGAAGCUGAUCGACCAGGCCAGGAGGCUGAGCCCUGGUGGGGCAGGGGAGGGGGCGUGCCCAGGGGGCAGGUGCCAGGAGCACAGCGAACCCCAGAGGGUGGCAGUUGGGGCAUUCACCGGUGAGCUCUGCAGGGAGCCAGGCUCAUACGAAAACCUCCGGUUCCUCCCCAUCCACCAGGCCACUGGGCAGCAUCAGGAGGAGCUGCCCUCAGCCAUAGCCCAGCUGGAGUCCAGCCUCGCUGGGCUCCUGAAGCUGAAGAUGGAGGAGGAAGAGAGGAUUUGGAACCACCAGGCGACGGUGCUCAGCCUGGAGGAUCACAUCGCCACGGAGUUCGGGAAGCUGCGGGGCUGGCUGGCCGCCCGGGAGGAGGAGUGGCAGGAGAGGCUGCGGCGGGCGUGCAGAGCCCAGCUGCGGGGGAUGGAGAGGAACCUGCAGGAGCUGGCGGGGAAAUGCCAGGCAGCCCAGGAGAUGCUCACAGAGGCCCAGACCCACUUGCCCCAGCAGAACACCAUGGAGUUCCUGACAGACAUAAAAUCCUCCCUGGACUGGGUGAAGCAGCAACUGGCUACCCCUUGUGGGCCGAAUACGGGGUCCCUAUCACAGACUCUAGGGCAAUUCAAAGGGCCGAUCCAGUAUACUGCCUGGAAGGACAUGAAAUCCAUCCUCAACAUAGAUCUCCCACCGGUGACGCUGGAUCCCGCCACGGCUCAUCCCUGCCUGGUUCUCUCGGAGGAUCGCACCCGGGUCCGGGACGGCCACCUCCGCCGGCCCCUCCCCGACACUCCCGCCCGCUUCGAUUUCUGCGUGGCCGUGCUGGGCGCGGGGGCAUUCGCCUCCGGGAGGCGCUACUGGGAGGUGGAGGUCGGGGAGAAGCCGGCGUGGACGCUGGGCGUGGUACACGCCUCCAUCAGCCGCAAAGGGAAGAUCCACGCCUCGCCCAGCAAGGGAUUCUGGGUCAUUCGACUCCAGGGCGGGGCCGAGCUCAUGGCUAAGGACACGCCCCCAAUGGUGCUCCGCCCCCAGGCCCUGCCCCACAGGAUUGGGGUGUACCUGGACUACGAAGGGGGUCAGGUUUCCUUCUACGAUGCCCAGGGCAUGGCCCACCUCUAUACGUUCAGUGCUCAGUUUGCAGAGAGUGUGUAUCCAUAUUUCUGCCCCGGGCUGUACGAUUCGGGGGGGAACGCUACCCCCCUGAAAAUCUGCCCCUUGCCCUGAGCCAGCUGGUCCUCUGCCCUGGGGCCGGAUCAGAGCCACAGCCCCCUAGAGGGGAGAGGCCCCGUGCCCCAUUCCCUGCCCCCAAGAGCCAGCCAGUGGCUUUAUAAGCACCACCUUACACGUCGAAAAAAACUCUCAAACCUGUCAAGCCCAGCUGUUUGGUUCUCCAAAGCAAGAAGGAGCCGAGUGCAAGGCCAGACUGUAUCCUGCCAAGCAGGGACUCUGAAAAGAAUCUAAAGAUCCAACUAGUGUGAUCCCAGGUUGCACAAACAGGGGAACGGCAAGUAGGAGCCGAGAGGUUUAUUUGGCCCUGGUGCGACCAUGGCUGGGGUCCUGUGUCCAGUUCUGGUGCCCACCACUUGAGAAGGAUGUGGAUCGACUGGAGAGAGGGUCAGAAAAGAACCAGGAUUAAAGGAUUGGACAGCCUGCCUUAGCAUGAGAGACUCCCGGAGCUCAAGGGGUUUAGAGGAACAAAGAGAAGGCCACGGGGUGACUAGAUCAUGGUCUGUAAGUACCUCCAUGAGGAACGGACGUGAUUGUGGGCUCUUCAGUCUAGCAGAGAAAGGUCUAACACGAUCCACUGGCUGUUAGACAGGUUCAGACGGAUAAUAAGGUACAAAUUUGUAACAGGGAGGGGAAUUCACCAUGGGAACAAUUUCCCAAGGGCUGUGGUGGAUGCUUCAUCCCUGGCAAGUUUUCAAUCAAGAGUGGAUGGGGUCACGGUGAAAUCCUGGCGCUAGGCUCUGGAUCAUCUGAAACAAUGCCACAGACACGUGCUGGAUCCUCACAGGAGACAGAUUCUAUGCUGUUCUAUGCUCCAUAAUCGGUGGGCGGGUGAUAAGAGGCAAAGACGUGCUUGCGUUAAAGGUACCCGCAUGGAAACCAGGGCUCCUGGGUUCUGGCUAGAGGUGGUGGGAAAUUUUCCAAAUAUGGGCCAUGUUCAUAUAGGGAAAAAAUGCCAUGGAUGACAUUUCGGGGAGGAGGGACUGGCAGGCAGGGGAGAAUCACAUCAGGGCAUUUGGGGUUUUUUGCUUCAACACGAUGUUUCGUUUUGAUUUUUUUUAAUUUUACAUUUGUCAUCGUUAUCAGCCCUACACUCUUUAGGCUCGGAAGGACUGGAUUUGUAUCGGCUCAUUUGUAUCCGUCAACGUCAAUUUCACCGUCUGCGCCCCCAAACUGACCAAAAAAUAUUUCCGUUAGUAAUCACUGAACUCGACAGAUAAUCAAAGACAAAAGUGGCUUGCAAACUUUAGAGACGAUCAUUAAAUAAUUAGUUGACACUCCCCGAAUUUCCUGCAACUGAGAGAGUUUAAAUUGAUUAAAAAAAUAAAAAGGUUAAAAAUAAACAUCAAUAUCCGUCCACAUUAUAAAUUAUGAAUCUAGUUCUCCCAAGCUGAAUAUUCAUAGAAUAUAAAUUUAAGUCAAAUUAAACUUAGACGAUUAUGUGCUAUCUAAAAUAUUUAAAUAUGCUAUAUGUGUACUUAUACAAUGAAUAUUUUGUAUACAAUAUUUCACAGACUGGCUUUUUAAAAAGUAUAUAAACAAUUGUCUAUUAAUAUAACUAUACAUAACUGUUUAUAGGAAAUAAUUUUUGGUAAAGGUUGAAAUCAGACCAUAAUAUUUUGAUUGACACAAAGUGAUUCCCCCGCCCCCCCCAAGUCAUUUUUCAAAAAAAAUUCAAAAUAAAAGUAUUUUGGAGGAACUGAAA